AUGCGCGUGCCUCCCUGGAUGCAAGGAUGCGACAUGGACGACAUGGACGACAUGGGCGACAUGGGCGACAUGGGCGACAUGUACGACAUGUACGACAUUUGCCGAAGGCCACUCUGCAUCACUUUGCCCGCACCGGGCGUUCUGGGCGGGCACACUUUUUCCUUCUUCGCCACCGCGCGCACACAGCGCCAUUUUGUGCCUUCUAGCGAGCCUGGGCCUCAUAACCUUCGCAACGUCUUCGGUCUUUGCUGUUUCCACUCCGAGCGCUCAGCAUACGUCGGUCCUCCAAACGGAGAAAAAAAAAAAGUCGGCCCGCCUCUCUUUCGGGUGCCCCAUGCAGCAGACUGGGCACAUUGCCGUGCCAUGCUGCGGCAUUAUCAGUGGUGGCGGACAUUGCAUCCUCGAACUGCUGCGACUGAUAACGCAACUUAUCUACGGGCCAAAACAAUCGCGAACUUCUAA